AUAUAUAGUUUGGGGCUGCACUCUUUCUUUUCCUUUCUUCCCUUUCUUAUACCUCACUAAAGAUGGACUUUAGGAUGUUGGGCAAAUACACUGGAAUGUAACGGUUACUAUGGUUACAGUGUGGAACCGUUUGAUCGUGUAUAAACGCGCGAGACUAAUAAGACUCGAGAGCUCGUGCCUGUCUUCCUGGAUGAUCACUCAUCAUUAUAUCCAGCAGCCUACUUUUCUUUGUAGACUUAAGAGCUGAAGGGAUGAGAGUGCGUGUGUGUGUGUGUGUGUGUGUGUGUGUGUGUGUGUGUGUGUGUGUGUGUGCGUGUGCGUGUGUGUCUUGUUUGUUUUGCAUGACAGUCUCCAAAAGCGCGUGAAGCGGAUUUACAUCUGGAAGCGGCUUUAAUGAAGCAGUUUGGCGAACUUCUUCUCUUAAUAACCUCCACAGACUCGCAAAGCGAGUCUGUGAACUUUGUCAUCUGAGACACUGUCGUCCGACGCCAUGAGCUGGAGCUUCCUGACGCGUCUGCUGGAGGAGAUUCAAAACCAUUCAACGCCGGUGGGGAAACUCUGGCUGACAACAUUGGUGGUAUUCCGCAUUGUCCUGACGGCAGUGGGCGGAGAAUCCAUUUACUAUGAUGAGCAGAGCAAGUUUGUGUGCAACUCAGGCCAGCCUGGCUGCGAAAACGUCUGCUAUGACUCCUUUGCUCCACUCUCCCAUGUCCGCUUUUGGGUUUUCCAGAUCAUCUUCUCUGCCAUGCCAUCACUCCUAUACAUGGGAUAUGCGGCCAAUAAGAUUUCCCACACCAAGGAGAUACCACGGACGGAGAGGGAUGGAGAUCCAACAGAAGUUGGUUACACACAACGGAGGCCAAGGAAACUGUACUUUGGGGCACGUCAGCAUAGGGCAGGGCAUGAGAAUUCAGAAGAGGGGAGAGAAGAAGAAGACCCGAUGAUUUAUGAGGUGCCUGAGAUAGAUAGCACGCAAAGGGAGAUUGUUCCACCUCGUCCCAAGCCCAAAAAGCGGCAUGAUGGGCGGCGGCGCAUUCGAGACGAUGGUCUAAUGCGAGUGUACGUACUGCAGCUACUGACGCGUUCGGCACUGGAAGCUGCCUUCCUAGCUGGUCAGUAUCUGCUGUAUGGCUUUCAUGUAGCACCCAUCUUUGUGUGUACAGGCGAGCCUUGCCCUCACCGUGUGGACUGCUUUGUUUCACGUCCCACAGAGAAGACCAUCUUCUUGCGCAUUAUGUACGGAGUCAGCUGCCUCUGCUUGUUACUCAACGUGUGGGAAAUGAUUCAUCUUGGAGUGGGCACCAUCAAAGACGCACUGCAAAAACGUCACGCUGCCACAGCAGAAGAAGAAUACGAACUGGGCCUGCUGAGGGCUGGGGACAUGUCUGACCGAGUAAGCGGGCCAGUACUCAGCGAAGGAGAAAUGGUGGAUGAUGUAGGUAGCAGAGUCAGGGAAGCAGACUACGUGGGUUAUCCUUUCUCCUGGAGCACUCCAUCUGCACCACCAGGCUAUAACAUUGUGAUGAAGCCGGAAGCCCUGCCUUACACGGACCUAAGCAAUGCCAAAAUGGCAUGCAAGCAAAAUCGUGACAACAUCGCACAAGAGGAGCAGCAGCAGUUUGGAUCCAACGAGGACAACUUCCCUUCGGCGAGCGAUGCUCGGCCACCACCGAUCAACGAGGAUGCUGUUCAGUUAGAGGCAGCAAUUCAGGCGUAUGCCCUACAACACAAUGCAGGCAACAGCUGUAACGAGAUGCGGAACAACCACAGUAAUGACGAUAAGCCACAAUGUAACAUCCCUACUGUUUCUCAGAAAGAGAGGAAACAUCGGCUGAAGCAUGGCAAAGCAGGCAGUGGCGGGAGCAGCAGCAGUAGCAAAUCUGGAGAGGGCAAACCAUCUGUAUGGAUCUGACAUGAUCUGUAGAGAGUUCCUCUUUGCAAAACCUUACCUGUUUACAUAAACACAACCACACACAUGCACACAUAUUACAGUUUUUAGGUAUACUGUACACAUAAUGUAUACUGUUGUUUGGCAUAGCAUGUUGUAGCUUUUUUAAUAUCUUGUGUGCCUUAUGAUCCAGAAAAUUCUGGAAGACUGAAAGUAUACUUUGAACUGAUCUCCUGGUCUUCCUGAUGUUUGAACUCCGUGAACUCAUUUCUUUAUGAGCGCUUGGCCAUAACGAUUUUUUCUAGAAAUGUAUUUGCUAAAAAGCACUUUGAUGAUACCGGUCUGAGAAGCUCCCGUGCUUUUCUGGGAUUUGGCAGGGUAAUUCCAAACCAAAAUAUUUCUUUAAACUGGGUCUCCGACAUCGACAGAUGCACCGAUGCCAAAUUUUCUAUUCGUCAACCUUUAAUAGAGCGUGAGGUAUCGGCCGCUUCGUAAUACCGAUUUACAGUAUGCGAAACGUCAGAGGUGUCAUGGUGUCAUACGUCAUGUCCGAGCUCUGUGUUUGGUCAUUCAACAGAACCUGUGCUACCGGCAAAUACAUUAACCUUAAUAUUAAACAACUGUUUUAGGACAAUGACAAUAUACUCAUCUAUUAUGAGAUCGCUGAUGUCAGAUUUCAGAGUGAUUUUUAUCUGUGAUGCUAUGACAUCACACUGCCAUGACGUCACACUGUAACAAUUGGAAGGUUGAAGGUUUGAAUCCCAGGUCCACCAAGGUGCCACCACUGGGCCCCUGAGCAACGCCCUUAACCCUCAGUUGUAUAUAAUUUUAAAAAAAGUUAGUCGCACUGGAUAAGGUCGUCUGCCAAAUGUCAUAAAUGUAAAGAUGCAUGCAAACCCAACAUCAGUUCAUUUUCUUGCUGAUCUCAAUGUCCACAUAGAGAACUGACAUAUUUGUGGAAAAAAAAGUCUUUCAAAAGACAUUCUUUUGACAUACCGUCCCGUUCUGCUCAACAGUAGUUGUUUCAGUCAACCAGUAACGUAGAUCUGGUACCAAGCAGUUUAGAGGUGUAGAUCUAGUCCACAAUUACAAUCGUCUCAAAUGUAUCAUUAUUACAUAUUUAUUCACUCUAAGGAGUCUAAUAUCCAGUCACUGUGAUGUCACUGGUAUAUUUUUAUGCCCACACGUGCACUCAUGCUUGAAAAGCUUGUGUAUUGUGUGAAGUCUUCCAUUUUGCCUCAUAAGGCCACAUUCCAAGAUAUUUUUUUCCUGCAUAAGUCUGACGGCAAAACCUGAAUGCUCUGGGAGACCAAAUACUGUUUGUUGGCAUGGAUUCAUCCUGCUGCUUCGCCGUCAUGCUAACGGAGCAUAAAAGGCCAUAUAUAAAUACAAAGAAAAAAAAAACCUGUGAGAAGUGGCGAGGACAAACCCUUUAUUUCAGCAAUACUUUUCUGUAUGUCGAUUGAGGGUGAAAAUUCAUAUAGACAAGAUUUGGCUUGUUUGAUGUAUUCAGAUAUUUCUGUUUUUUUUUUAUCAGUGUUUUUGUAUUGUUGACUUCAAUUCAGUAUUUCGCAUACAUUUUUUGUUUAAGACUGUUUUGUAGUUUAUUUCGUCGAUUAAAAAAAAAAAGAGCUUGUUUUUUUUCUAUGAAGUUAAAGAUGGAACCUACUUUUUAAACUGUGUAUUGCUUAUUCGAUGUCCCGUGCUUCCUGUUUGCUGUCUUUUGACUGGCAGUAAUUCACAAUCUUCCAACCUUGAAAUCUUGAAGGAAAACACGAUUGACAAAGAUAAAUCUGUAUUUGCACUUUGGGGAGAAAAAGAAUGUGAAGAAAUGAUGGUGGCAAAUUUCCAACCGUUACUGGAGAAAGUCCAACUGCAGCUGUGGGAAAAAAACAUUUAACUGUGUGUGAUCAGGCUCGUACGACAGAGAGAGCGGGGACGGAAAACGCCACAAAACCAUUUUUAGAGCAGCUGUUUUCAUUUUUCUGAGCUCCAAGGAACAGAAAUACACAUAUAACACCACGGUGUCCCAUAUAUUGGGUUUGUGUCUGUAUUUAUUCUUAGACUCUGGAAGAAUAAACUCCAUAAAGAUACUUUUUUGUGUGAAGGCUCUUGGCACAGUGCUUAGCCAGCACAUCUUCUCAGCAGGGUCACAACAACUGAUGGCACUGUACACUCUGUAUUACUCUGAAGAGUGUAUAUUCUUGUGCUCGUACUUCCUUCUACUCAAUUAGGAUAUGGCUUUUAAAACUGUACGAUAUCUCUAGAUUAUUCUCCCCUUACUUGUCUUGCUGCCCCUUUUUCUGACUUUUUAAAUUUGAUGUCUUCUUGGUAAAUGAUCUAAAUAAUAAAAAAAAAUACAUCUAUUGUACUUAAAAGAGGAAAAAAAAUGUCUUAUUGUUUUAUUAAUGUGCCAAUCUGUAAUGACCAGUAACAGUAACAAGUACAAUUAUUUCCAUUUUUGGAAAACUCGGUUUUUGGAUUUCUUGAAAAUGCAUGUCCAGAGCUAUUUUGUUAAUAAACAUGAAAAAUGAAUAAACACUUUUCUCAGUUUGA